AUGGAGAUCGAUGCACCGAGGCUGCGUCGCUUCAGGUACGCAGGGAUUUUCCGGCCCUUCACAUUCAGUCCGCAGCCGCCGGAGUUGGACCAAGUGGACCUGCAUUUUCUCCCGGACGACAGCAAGAGGUACAGGUGGGAGAAGGAUCCAGACCACGACCUUGCCACCUUCUGGCAAUUCCUUGGGAGCUUCACCAGUACCAAGAGGAUGAAGCUAAGGCUGGACCAUCUUGAGGACAUCGCCAUCCGCAGUGAGGUCAGGCGCGUUGAGCUCCUGCCGGAGACGUUCUGCCGCCUCAAGCACCUCGAGCUGCAAGGAGUGCACAGGCCGAAAGGCCUGACGGCCGCGGUGGCAAUCGCCAACCUGCUCCGUUGCUGCCCCGUGCUCCAUGACCUCCGGAUCAACCUCACCAUGCAGGAACACAAUGCCUACAAAAGACAUGCCCACAAUCGAGAUGAGGGCACUCGCCAAUUCUUGGAAAGGAAAUUUCGGUACGACCGCAAUAAGUCCAUGGCUCAUCUCGACCACUUGGGCGAUUCCAAGACGGCCACAGUUUUACCAGAAUUAGGCGUUGCAUAUGAUGAAAUUUCUGAAAUUCCUGGUUUGAGUCGACACUCGUUCAAGUGCUUGUGA